CCAUUCUGUGAGUGGUGCAGGAGAGAGAGAGAGGCAGGGAUCCGGAGAGAGCUGUGGCUGCAGCUUAGCUGAGGAUAAGCAAAGACAGGAGUGUGGUGAGUAAGAAUGGCAGAAGCCCAUCAGGCCGUAGCAUUCCAGUUUACGGUAACUCCAGAUGGAAUUGAUCUAAGACUAAGCCAUGAAGCUCUCCGGCAGAUCUACCUAUCCGGCCUCCACUCCUGGAAGAAGAAGUUCAUCAGAUUUAAGAACGGAAUCCUCACAGGAGUCUUCCCAGCAAGUCCAUCCAGCUGGUUUAUCGUAGUUGUUGGAGUAACAUCUGCCUCUAUCUACGCCAAAGUGGAUCCUUCAUUGGGAUUAAUAGAGAAAAUAAACAACACCCUUAGCAACACAGGAUAUAUGUCGAUGUCCAGCCAGACCCAGGACAUUGUCAGUGGCGUGGUGUGUGGCACAGGCUUAUGGGUGGCCCUUAUUGCCACAAUGCGGUAUUCUCUGAAAAUGCUCCUGUCCUACCACGGAUGGAUGUUCGCUGAACAUGGAAAAAUGUCGACCACUACCAAGAUCUGGAUGGGGAUGGUUAAACUCUUCUCUGGACGGAAGCCAAUGUUGUUCAGUUUCCAAACGUGUCUUCCUCGUCUCCCAGUGCCAUCGGUGAAGGACACCGUUAGAAGGUAUCUGGAGUCUGUGAGGCCGCUCAUGGAUGACCAACAGUUUAAGAGAAUGGAAGGUCUUGCGAGUGAUUUUGCUAUUAACCUGGGACCAAGACUCCAGUGGUACCUGAAGCUAAAAUCGUGGUGGGCCACCAACUAUGUUAGCGAUUGGUGGGAAGAAUAUAUCUACCUCAGAGGCCGAGGGCCAAUCAUGGUUAACAGUAACUAUUAUGCAAUGGAUUUCCUGUACGUGCUGCCAACUCAAAUCCAAGCUGCAAGGGCUGGUAAUGCCAUCCAUUCCAUCUUACUCUACAGGAGAAAACUCGACAGGGAAGAAAUAAAACCGAUACUCCUCAUGGGAUCCACAGUGCCAUUAUGCUCUGCUCAGUGGGAAAGAAUGUAUAAUACUUCAAGGAUCCCCGGAGAAGAGACAGAUACCAUUCAGCAUGUGAAGGACAGCAAACACAUUGUCGUCUACCACAAAGGACGGUACUUCAAAGUGUGGUUGUACCAUGACGGACGAUUGCUGAAGCCAAGAGAGAUCGAACAACAGAUGCAAAGAAUUCUCGAUGACAAGUCCGAGCCGCAGCCCGGCGAAGAGAAGCUGGCGGCUCUUACCGCAGGAGACAGAGUACCCUGGGCUAACGCGCGCAAAACUUACUUUGCAAACGGAAAGAAUAAGCAGUCCUUGGACUCCGUGGAGAAAGCAGCUUUCUUUGUAACACUAGAUGAUACCGAACAAGGUUACAACAAAGAUGACCCCGUCACAUCUCUCGAUAACUACGCCAAGUCUCUGCUGCACGGAAAAUGCUACGACAGGUGGUUCGACAAAACAAUCAGCUUUAUUGUGUUUAAGAAUGGAAAGAUGGGCAUGAACUGCGAGCAUUCCUGGGCCGAUGCCCCGAUCCUUGGUCAUCUGUGGGAGUAUGUCAUGGCCACAGAUAAGCUUGAAUUGGGAUAUGAAGCGGAUGGACAUUGCAGAGGGGAACAGAACGCCAACAUCCCUCCUCCAACCAGGUUGCAGUGGGACAUUCCGGAACCGUGCCAAACCGUGAUUGAGGAUUCCCUGACUGUUGCCAAAGCUCUCGCGGAUGACGUGGACUUUCAUUCCUUCCCCUUCGACGCCUUCGGCAAAGGAGUCAUAAAGAAAUCCAAAACCAGCCCCGAUGCCUUCGUGCAGCUCGCUCUCCAACUGGCUCACCACCGAGAUAAAGGAAAGUUUUGCUUGACCUACGAGGCGUCGAUGACCAGGUUGUUCAGAGAAGGCAGGACAGAAACUGUUCGUUCUUGUACGUCGGAAUCUAGCAAUUUUGUUCUGGCAAUGGACGACCCAACACAGAGUAACGAGCAAAAAAUCAAAUUAUUCAAAACCGCGGCAGAGAAACAUCAGCAGAUGUACCGCCUUGCCAUGACCGGCUCCGGCAUUGACCGUCACCUCUUCUGUCUGUACGUCGUCUCCAAGUACCUGGGAGUGGACUCUCCUUUCCUGAAGGAGGUUCUGUCCGAGCCGUGGAGACUAUCAACAAGCCAAACACCCCAGCAGCAGGUCCAUCUCUUCCAGCUGGAGAAGUUCCCGGAGAACGUUUCAAGUGGUGGUGGCUUUGGACCCGUUGCUGAUGAUGGAUAUGGCGUCUCCUAUAUUAUCGUGGGUGAAAAUCUUAUCAACUUCCAUGUAUCGAGCAAAUUCUCCAGUCCCGAGACAGAUUCGCAUCGUUUUGGUAAAAACAUCAGACAAGCGAUGCUCGACAUCAUGGGCUUGUUCAGCCUCACCACAAACAACUCCAAUAAAGGAAAAAAAUAAAAGAUCCUUUUGUAGGGUAAUUAGCCUGGAAAAACCAUUCUGACCUAGUUCCUAGUACAACGAUCCAUUUCACUGCAACCGUACGGACAGAAAUCACUUUCGUAGUUACUAACCGUAGUGACUGCGCAGAUCCGAUCAGAUUUGAACACCCUUCCUUCCUCUGGUUUCCAUUACUUUUAUACAUUUUAUUGUUUCAAUGACUUUUUUUUUUGUUUUUUUUUUAAUUCUGUUGCUGCUGGAAAGUCAUCUGAAAUGUUACAAAAGCUUCCCGUUUAACGAUGGAUUAUACAGAAACCUGUAUAA